AUGUUCUGCGGUUCCCGGAAGCCAUUCAGAGCCUCUGAGCCUUCGUCUGACUUCGAUGCAGCUGGUGGAGGUCGGAGUUCAUUCCAAACCACCGGCGCUGCGGCGCACUGGCACUCGCAUGGAAUUGCCCUUCCAGAAGCAAUGACCAGGGUAAACGCCCGGCCAAUCAGCACCUCCUCGCGCUUUAGCCCCGUUUCAACUGCAAAAACAGAGCCCAAUCCCAAGCCCUCAGUGGGCAGGGGAGAAGUCUGCAACGAAGAGGGGAGGGCCAGGGUGGCCGUCGCCCCGGUCACACUCCGAGCCCGCGGCCGAUCAACCGGGCAAGAUGGGUGGGUGGAUGACGGCGAAACGCUCGGCGAUGUUUCUUCCCAAAAUCCAAAAGUCCAAAAGCCAAGAAACACAUUUUGCUGCUGCCUUUUCGAUAUUUUGCGUCAAUGA